AUGUCUUUUGGCUUCUCUGUCGGCGACUUCAUCAGUGCAGCCGCCUUGACACAGCGUCUAAUCCAAGCCAUCAAUGGUAGCCAUGACGCAGGCGAAGAUUAUCGAGCAGCACUCCGUGAGCUAAGAUGUAUGCAAGAAGCAUUUAUUCGCGUCAGCUGUCUAGGAGAAAGUCGAAAUGUCGCUCAAGCUACGUUUAAAUCGGCUUCAUGGAUAGCCAUGGAGGCUAUGAAGAUUAUUGAGUCAUAUCUGGACAAGACCAAGAAAUACGACAGACGAUUGGGGGGACUAGCAAAUCCGGCAAGUGAAGUGCAAUCACUUCCGGAGAAGCAUCGCACGUCGACCACCCGGAACGACUCGUUGCAGCCAGAAAGUACACACGUUUUGGCUACAUCGGAUAUCAUGGAGCCAGCUCCAGCUACAAUGCCCCAGCCUAUUAUCUCCGGCGUUGGCAACGCGGCAAAGACAUUGGAAGUCGAUGUCCAGUCGCCUAUCACAUUAACGGAAGCUCCAUCAGCACUGGACGCUGCAAGCAUAUCCUAUACACCUAUCUCUCUGACGAUAUUCUCGCCUACGGAGAUAAUAACACUACUCAACGACUCUUCCCGACGCUCGAUCAGGAUUAGAGAGGUCGCAGUACUAUUGCGGACUUUGGUGCGAAUGGGAGAGUGUCAACUAGACCUAGUCGAUUCCACUGGAUUCUCCUCGCUAGUGGAUCAAAUCUGUGGGACAGAGAUACCCCUUUACGACCGACCUGCGAUAGUCUUGUCAAAAGCACCGAUCAAAUUCAAGGAUGCAGUCGGCCGAAAGUUCAGCUUCCCGUGGGACUUAUUCAAGGGAAUGGAAGAGUUGAUUAAGCAAGCUUUCCUCCAUGUCGAUGUGAUUGGACCACACGUACACGAAGGACACUACGAUCUCGUCGGCAUGGAUGGUGAGGUCAUACUUCCACAAGUGUGGGAAACUACGAUACAGCCUGACUGGGCUCUCACCAUGCAUAUGUGGCCCAUGCCCGAACCAGCCAAAGGAGAGCUCCAGUCUACACCUCCUCUGCCCCCAGACUUAAAGAUGUUCCAGUCUUCACAACUGCCGAUGCGUUCGCAACGAUCACGAAAUUGGCAGCCAUCGGUUGACGCAGGUUCAAAAAACCAGACGAUUCUGGAAGCCUUGCAAACGCUGAAACACCCUUCACGCACUGGAACAUCAGCUAUGAACACUAGUCACCGACUGUCUCCAGAUAUCGACCACGGGUCUACUCAGUCAGGGUCGCAAACAAGCGGCACGUCCAUAUCAGACGAGGACGUUGUGGAAGAAUGA